CUUUCAUUCUCUUCUUCUUCUUCUUACUCCGAAUUUGAGCUUCAACCAUGGGGAAGGGUCCUGGACUUUACACUGAAAUCGGAAAGAAGGCUAGAGAUCUGUUGUACAAGGACUACCAGAGUGAUCACAAGUUCUCUAUCACCACCUACUCUCCCACCGGAGUUGUUAUUACUUCAUCAGGAUCGAAGAAAGGUGAUCUGUUUUUGGCUGAUGUUAACACUCAGCUGAAGAACAAGAAUGUUACAACAGACAUUAAAGUAGACACAAACUCCAAUCUUUUCACCACCAUUACCGUUGAUGAAGCUGCUCCUGGGUUGAAGACAAUUUUAAGCUUCAGAGUUCCUGACCAAAGGUCUGGAAAGUUGGAAGUUCAAUAUCUACAUGACUAUGCUGGGAUAUGCACUAGCGUAGGGUUGACAGCAAACCCUAUUGUUAACUUUUCUGGUGUAGUGGGUACCAACAUUAUUGCUCUUGGAACUGAUGUAUCCUUUGACACCAAGACUGGAGAUUUCACCAAAUGCAAUGCUGGUUUGAGCUUCACAAAUGCCGACCUUGUUGCUUCUUUGAAUCUGAAUAACAAGGGAGACAAUCUGACUGCAUCAUACUACCACACAGUGAGCCCUCUUACAAGUACCGCUGUUGGGGCUGAGGUGAAUCACAGCUUCUCCACCAAUGAGAACAUCAUUACCGUGGGUACUCAGCACCGAUUGGAUCCUUUGACCAGUGUGAAGGCAAGGAUUAACAACUUUGGCAAGGCCAGUGCUCUGCUUCAACAUGAGUGGCGUCCAAAGUCCCUUUUCACAGUUUCAGGAGAAGUGGACACUAAAUCUGUUGACAAGGGUGCCAAGUUUGGACUUGCUUUGGCUCUCAAGCCAUAGGUUUUUCAUCUUUAAUCCAUAGACAUGAGGCAUUACUGCAAUUUGAAGACUUGUUCUGUAGUGUUUUUUGCACUGUAAAAAUAAAUUUAGGUGGUUGCUUGAACCUAUGCAUCCUUGUUCUAAGUUCGUACAUUCUUAUUCGCCCUUUUUGAAAAUGAUGGGUGGUGCCCUAUAUUGAUUCUAUGACCUUGAGAGGUCAAGCUUGAGAUUUUGUCAUAAUCAACAGCCAAUUUUUGAGUACUUUGGUCCAUGUUUACAGCUCAGAAACUGUUGAGACUCUUUCAUAUAAUGGCCUGGUCAGUCAGAUAAAUCUCAUACAAUGCUAU